AUGAUGAUAUUUAUUGCUACGUUACUAGUCAUCGUUAUUUUCGUCUGGUUUUUGUAUAAAAAUGAUGUGGCUGAUUUGUUUUGUUCAAUAAUUGUCAGUCGUUCAAAACGAUUUCGUUGUCGACGACGAGCAAAACGUAUUAUUUUAAUACGACAUGGUGAAAGUCAAGGCAAUCAAGAUUCUCGAAUCUAUUCAACCGUUCCCGAUCAUGCUAUUGGUUUAACCGAUCAAGGACGAGAGCAAGCACUACAUUGUGGUGAAAUCCUACGAAAACUUAUUGGUAUGACUGAAACAUUGGUUUGCUUUGUCAGUCCAUUUCGUCGAUCGAAAGAAACAUGUGAAUUAAUAUGUCAAGCAUUUCCCAAAGAAAAUAUUGUAAAAAUACGAGAAGAUCCGCGCAUUCGAGAGCAAGAAUGGGGAAAUUUCCAAGAUCUUGCCACGCGUGAGACCACAGUGAGUGAAAGAAAGAAAAUUGGUCGAUUCUUUUAUCGAUUCAAGAACGGCGAAUCAGGUGCGGACGUUUAUGAUCGUGUUAGUUCAUUCAUGGAUAGUUUAUAUCGUGAAAUGGACAAUUGUUUAAUGCCAGAGAAUAAUAUUCUCAUUGUUAGUCAUGGUUUAUUCAUGCGAUUGUUUCUCAUGCGAUUUUAUCGUUGGUCGGUGGAGAAAUUUCAUACAUUGGAAAAUUUUGAUAAUUGCGGCUAUUGUAUUUUGGAGCGUGAUGAUACCGAUGGAUCGUUUACGUUAAAAACAGAUUUAUAUACGUAUCCGGAAGAGAAACUUUCGCACAGCAACAGUCUAAGCAAAACUUUUAAUCAACAAAGUUUCGACGAAGAAGUUAACCCCAGUAUACAUGUCGAUGAUAUUGUGCCAAAUGGAAAAAAGUGUGCAUAG